AGGGGGGCUGCGGGUCCAACAUGGGAACCGGGGUGUGCUCUCGGAGGCAGCGGAGGAUCUUCCAGUGUCUCCUGCUGGUCACCGUGGUCUGCGGGAUGAUGUACGGCGGGAUGAUAUCGUACGAGAUGCACACGCAGCUCAGGAGGACCGAGGUCAUGGCCCUCAAGUACCAGCAGCACCAGGAGUCGCUCUCGGCUCAGCUCCAAGUGGUGUACGAGCAUCGCUCCAGGUUGGAGAAGUCUCUUCAGAAGGAGAGGUUGGAGCACAAAAAGGCCAAAGAAGAUUCUCUGGUUUCUAAACUCGAUGCACAGCAGUCACUGAACAAGGAGAAGCAAGACUCCGGCAGCAGAUUUGGUUCUCUACAAGUGCAACAUCAGAUGUUGAAGAACCAGCACGAGGACAUGAAGAAGCAGUUUUACGAUCUGCAGGAGGAGCACCAGGUCCAAGGCGAGGACCACAGCCGGCUGCUCGAUGAGCACAAAGACCACUACGAGAAAGUGCAGCAGGUCAAAGAGUCGGAAAUCUCCCACCUCAAAGAUAAUGUAUAUAACCUGAGAGAGGAGAAUAAACAUCUGCGGAAAGCCCACCAUGACAUUCACACACAGCUACAGGAUGCACAGGUUCAGCAUCAGAACCUGAAGACGUCCCACGACAAUCUCGCACUGACACUGGAAGACCACAAGAGUGCGCUGUCUGCAGCUCAGGCGCAGGUGCAUGGAUACAAGCAGCUGAGGGAGUCCCUGAACAGGGCGCCAAAUCCCAGACAGCCAAAACAAAAGCCUGCAUCCCAGCAGGCGCAAGCAGCUGCCAUCGCACCCGAGUUUCAUAUUCAGGAAGACCAACAGGCCACAAUACUGGACCAGCCACAGAAAGAGGAGCAUGCCCACGAGGACACUGAGUCCAGGUUGGACCAUCAAGAAGAGGAGCUGCACGCUCGGUCCGAGGUCAAGUCCCACCCUACCGUAUCCCAGCACACGUUGUCGGACAAAGAGGAGGAUGGAGAGGGAGAAGCUGAGAGGAGGAGGGAGCUGGCAGAGGAGGAGAUGGCUCAAGCCGGACAGCCCCAGAAGCUGGAUGAGGAUCCGGAGCAACCACAGGAUGAGCAGCUGGACGAAGAGGAGGAGCCAGAACAGGAACAGCCGGACGAGAACGCCCUGGACCGACAGAGACGCCAUCCACAACCGGGCCUCCAUCCGGAGCAGCAGGAGGCGCACGCCCAGGUGGAGCGCGUGAAGUCGGCCUACGAGCAGCAGCGGCUGGAGGCUCAAAGGGCCGGGGAGCGCAAGCAGAUGCAGAUGCGACAGGAGGCCAUGAAGGUCGCGAGAGACAAGGUGCUGAAGGAGAGGGAGCAGAGGCUGAAGCAAGAACAGGAGAGAGAGCACCUGCAGCACAAGGAGGCCGACAAGCGGGAGCUGCUGCUGCGAGAGGAGCACCAAAGGAAACAAAGCGAUUAUGAGAAAAUGGACAAUGAUAUUGUUCAAGGAGAAGAGGAACGUCACGCUGACAAUGAAGAAGACGCUCACAUGAUACACGACGAGGAGGAGGAAGAGGAGGAGGAGAAUCGAGAGGCGGAUCACAGAGUGCCGCCACAUAAGCAGGGUGGUGAGCUGGACCCUGAGGACGACCCCAACAACCAGGGGGAGGACGAGUUCGAGGAGGCUGAGGACGAGCGGCCGGACCACAGGGUUGCACAAGAGGACGGGGAGGUGGUCGUGGAGGAGGAGGAGGAGGAGGAGGAGGAGGAAGAGCCGGUAGUGCCAGCCAAGCACAAAGACAAACGCUCAGGCCCCAAACAACCUGCUGUGGAGGAGGAGCUGGUGAUGGCUGGAAACCCCGAUCAACAGGAAGACACGCUGGAUGACCAGUACCAGGAGGGAGUAGAGGACGAUGCGCAGGAGGACAUAGCUGGUGGACGGAAGCGAGAAGAGGAGGAGGUGGAGGAGGAGGAUGGAGAGGAUCCGUAUAACGAGGAGAACAUAGAACAGGAUGCAGUAAAAACCCAGGAGGGACCAAGGCAGGAGGGGCAUCACAGAAAAGAGGCGGAGAAUAACGAGGAAGAGAAUUACGAAGAGGAAGACGAGGAAGUGGAGAAGGACGCGGCUGGUCGAGACAAGGGAACCAAUCGGAGGGCAGAGAUGUGAGACGGACGCAGACUUUGACCAGUUGCGGUGCCUUCUCGGCUGCCCUUACAGCUCUUUCUUUCCCUUAUUUCCCAAAGGAAUAAAACCAGCCAUCCAUUCAGAAUUCCAAUUAGGCAAAUUGGAAUAUUACGCCUGGAAGGCGGAAUGCCAUUGCAAACUCUGUGUGGGGAUGGAACUGAGCAUCUUUCACUGUGGAAAUGGACAGAACUUGCCAGGCGGGAAAUUGGCUGCAUACUGUGUAUUUAAAAAAUAAAUGUAUUCACUUGCUUUUCUGUCUGCAUGUUUGCCUGCCUGGUUCUGUUUUUUUUUAAGAGCAGACAGGGAGAGAAUGUAUUUACCAUGUUCUGUCUUUUGAGUAUGUGUAAAGAAAGCAAAGAUAAAUUAUGUUAUUCUGAUCUCUUCAGGUUCAGGCCUUUAUAUGUAUGUUUUAUGCAAACGGCUGUAUACUUUAGAGUUUAAAUUGUUAUCUUACAUUCCAAUCGAUCAAGUCGUUUUCUGUUAUUUAUUGUUGAUUGUAACAAUUCUGACAAUCGUUGAGAAAAAAGAAAAAAAAACUUUUGUAUUUGUAUUUCCACCGACUGAACUAGUUUGUUUCAUGAUAGCUUUAACAGACUACCUGAAGCAGAUACACAGGAGGUUUUUCACUGGAUGCUGCCGGUCAAAAAGACAUUUCUGGUGCACUGAAAGUGUCACACUGACAUGUGCCUUUCCAUUCUUGGAAACCCACUGUUAAGUCUUGGUAAUUUCACAUCUGAAAAAAGUAAAAAAUUUCAAUAGGACAGGAGAAAUCAAGGUGUGCAAGUUAGUGCCGAGCUUGCAUAAUUGCAUCAGCAUAGCCAUGAACAGAUGGCUAUUUCAUGUCGACUGCUGUUGUGAAUUCAAUUCACAAACCUACUGCAAUUUCCUGCAACAUCUUUAUUCUACUGUACAAUGUAUUGUAACACAAAUGUUGACGAUUUGUACAUUUUUCCACCAGCUAUAUUUGAUACAAGUGGGAUUUUGAUUGUACAAUUUAUGCCACCUGACUGUUGUGCAGAAUAAAGAUGUCGAAGGAU